CACACCUUCACAUUUCUUCUCUCUUGAGCGUUCGAUCAAUGGCUGCAGCUGGUAGCGGCAGUUUCCAGGACGGACGCAUUGCCUCGAAGCGUCUCAUGAUGCUCGUGGCCCUACUUCAAGUCUCCUGCUGUCUCGGCCAUGGCUUCGGCGAUGAGGAUCAUGUCGAGGUGGAGGGAAUCGGCAGCAGUUGCAUGGAAAGCGAGAGGAGAGCUCUCCUCGCCAUCAAAUCCGAUAUGUACGACCCCGACAACUGGUUUUCAUCUUGGACCGGCAAAGACUGCUGUGGGUGGAGAGGUGUGGCCUGCGACCACACCACCGGCCAUGUCACCAAGCUCGACCUCCACUACCCCUACACAUACGAUGUGUGGGAUAUCUCAGACAUUAUGGAAACAAUGGGUGGGAGCAAGGUAAAUCCUUCGUUGCAAGAACUGAAGCAUUUGACAUAUUUGGAUUUGAGCAUGAAUAACUUCUCUCAUGCCCCUGUGCCUAAAAUGAUCGCUUCACUAGUCCACUUGGAAUAUCUCAACCUAUCUAAUGCCAUGUUCGAUGGACUGAUUCCUCCUCAGUUGGGGAACCUCUCAAACCUACACUAUCUCGACCUUCAGGGAUGGUAUGGUUAUCUACAUGUUGAUGAUCUCGAUUGGCUCUCCCGUAUUCCUUCUCUAAAAUAUCUUGACAUGAGUUUUGUCAACCUCUCGAAAGCAACCAAUUGGUUCUACAUAAUUAAUUCAAUCUCCACACUUGAAGUGCUACAUUUGAUUUAUGUAGACCUGCCAUAUGUUCCAUCUCAUUUGCCCCCUUCUAAUCUGACAGCCAUCGCCACGUUGGAUCUGUCUUGGAAUUCCAACAUCACGUCUGCCAUGCUAAGAUGGCUUUCUAACGCCACCAGCCUCGAGAACCUCCUUCUUUCUGGCUGUGGGAGUCUCACUAUCGAGUCGGUACAAGCUGCUCUCGGAGCUCUCAGUAAUCUGAAGGGAUUGGAUUUGUCAGACAACUUCUUUAAAGGAGAAAUUCGUGAAAUUCUGAACAAUGUCAGUAGCAGGGGCCUGAAGCACUUGGAUUUGAGCUGGAAUCAAUUAUCUGGAGAUAUUCCUCCAGGGAGCCUUAGAGACCUGGAGUACCUAGACUUAUCAUGGAAUUUUAAUGUCAUCGUACAUAUAUUUGCUUCUCUGGGGAAUUUCACAAACUUGCGACAUUUAGGGUUGUCGGCCAAUUCAAUCAGUGGAGAAAUUCCACCAAUCGUGGGAGAUGCUGUCCGAUUGGAGUACCUAUAUUUGUCCUUUAAUGGCAUCAUUGGAAAAAUACCAGAGAGCAUCGGCAAUCUCACCAACUUGGUAUACUUAGAUUUAUCAUACAACAAUAUUGUCGGUUGGAUACCACCAAGCAUUGGCAACCUCGCCAACUUGGUACACUUAGAUUUAUCAAGGAAUAAUAUUAGUGGAUACAUUCCAGAGACCAUUGGGGAUCUUCAAAAUCUACGGAUAUUAUUUUUAAGCAAUAACCAUAUUUCUGGGCAGAUACCAAAGAAGAUCGGUAAACUCCACUACUUGCAAAACUUGGACAUGUCAUAUAACAACUUAUCAGGUCAGAUACCAACUACGUUGGGUGAUCUAUGCAAUUUGACCCGGUUGGAUUUGUCUUUUAAUAACAUUGGUGGAGAUCUUACAAAUCUAUUCUAUGGUUUGUCUACUUGUUCACAAGGAGCAUCUAUAUCAUCCUUAGUCCUGAAGGGUAACAAUUUAACCGGGAUUAUUCCUUCGAGCAUGGGCCAAUUAUCUCAGUUACAAGAGGUAGACCUCUCCUCAAACUCGCUGGCAGGCAACAUCAUCGAGGCACACUUUUUAAAUCUUACAAGGUUAUCAGGAUUGAUAAUCGCUUCCAACUCCUUGAAUGUGAUGCUACCAAAUGAUUGGCAACCCCCUUUUAGUGCCAAGAUUAUCGAUCUAAGCUUUUGUCAUAUAGGAGCAAAAUUUCCUGAUUGGAUUCGGACUCAACAACAAUUGCAAAAGCUUUAUCUAUCCGGAGUUGGAGUCUCAGGCAGCCUCCCUAUUUGGUUUUCAAAUUUCUCAAAAGGUUUAGAAAUUCUUAACUUGAGCUCCAACUAUUUGACUGGUCAAUUACCUUCUGCUCCCCAAUUGUUAUUGGAUCUUUCCAACAACUCAUUUGUUGGACCUAUUCCAUUGAGCUUCGAAGAAGCUACGUACCUCAUUUUAUUAUCUUUAUCUCAUAAUCAUAUCAACGGUGAUAUCCCUCCCUUCUUUUGUAAUAUGAAUUUUCUUGAAGUUCUCGACCUAUCGAACAAUCACUUAAUUGGAGAAAUCCCAGAUUGUCAUAAUUCAUUUCCAAUCUCUCUACAAUCUUUACAUUUAAAUAAUAAUAAUUUAUCCGGAAUGAUUCCUUCAUUUUUGAAAUACUGUGACCAAUUAAUUACCCUUGAUUUAGGUGAAAAUAAAUUAUUUGGUAAAAUUCCGAAAUGGAUAGGAAGAAACCUCUCGUCAUUGAAGGUUCUUCGUCUGAGGUCAAACAUAUUAUAUGGUGUUAUCCCUGAGAACACAGUGAAUCUCACUUCUCUUCGCGUUUUGGAUCUUUCUUCCAACAAUUUAUUUGGUAGCCUACCAUCAUCUCUAGGAAAUUUCACUGCCAUGGUUGAGGUACAAAAUGAUACCAGGCCAUUGCUCCAAGGUAACAACUAUACUUAUAUCGAGAGCAGCUUAUUAACAACGAAAGGAUCAAUGGUCGAUUACACAACCAUUCUCUCGCUGGUGACAAGUAUAGACUUGUCAAAUAAUCAUCUCUCUGGUGAAAUCCCAAAAGAACUGACCAAGCUUCUCGGGUUGCGCUUCCUAAACUUAUCCAACAAUCAUUUGACAGGGAGGAUUCCAGAAAAGAUUGGUGAUAUGAAACAGCUAGAAUCACUUGACUUAUCGAUGAACAGUCUCACCGGGGAGAUACCUUCGAGCUUUUCUGCUAUGAGUUUUCUGGCCCGUUUGAAUCUGUCUUAUAACAACUUAUCAGGAAAAAUACCCACGAGUAGUCAAUUGUCGACCUUUGACUCAUGGACAUAUGUGGGUAACAAAGACCUUUGCGGUACGCCACUGCCAGAUUGCCCUGUUUAUCAAACUCCACCUGAUGCCAGAGUUAAAGAUGAUGAGAAGCUCGACAAAUUAUUGGAGUACACCAGUAUUGUGGUAGGAUUUGCGGUUGGCUUUUGGCUGUUUAUUGGCACGCUCAUCAUGAAGCAGGCCAUCAGAUUCGCUUUCUUCCGAUGGAUCGACAAGGCCAGUGACUGGAUCUAUGUUCAGUUUGCAGUUAAGCUUGCGAAGCUCAAAUCCAAAUGGCAAACAACGACAUGAACUGCCGGACUCGCAGAACUUUGAUUUAGGUGUUACCAGAAUGCUUUAUAUAAGUUCCCGAUUUGCUGCUAUUUUGGGGUUUCUAUAAUAAAAAGCAGAUUGCCACCAGUUCAGCUGAUGCAGGAGUCAAACUAGAAGAAGAUGAUGAUGGAGAUAUGCUUGAAACAAUAAUAUUAGAUGUUACUAGCUUUGUCGUGGGAUUAAUAGUUGUUUCUGGGGUUUCUAUCGGCGUAGUGAUCGUGAAGCAAGGCUUAAGGAUUUCUCUCUUCCAACAAAAUGACAACAUCUAUGGCUGGAUGCAGAUAUGUGCAGCUGAAAGCUGAAGCCCAAAAUAAUGACGAAGAAUCAAUUGAACUGUGGCUAAGUGCUAAGACUGUCUAAGUAGACUUCAUGUAUUUAUAUGUUCUAGUGUUUUAUUUCAUGAAUGACCAUUUGGUGUUGUCCAGAAAUAAGGUUGUUGUUUAAAGAUAACAUCUGAGACAUGGCAUCGGGAUUGCUCUGUUCCAGUUGAUCGACAGGACUUGUGAUUGGAUCUAUGUGCAGGUGGCAGUAAAGCUCAAGGAACCAAAGUGCAAAUGGCGAAGAAUGACUUAAAGAAUCACUAAGCAUCUCAAGCUCAUGUCAUCCUCUUCUUGUUAUGCUGUAUUUAUGUUUCAUGUAAUUGUUGUAGUCUCUUUAGAGUCUUAAUCUAUUGGCAACUUGCUGCUGCUUUUUAGUGUA